AUGGACAGUGAGUCGUUAGCUACCAACAAGUUUGUUCCUGAAUACAGGCGUACUAAUUUUAAGAACAAGGGACGUUUCUCUGCGGAUGAGUUGCGUCGUCGUAGAGACAACCAACAGGUUGAAUUAAGGAAAGCUAAAAGGGAUGAAGCCCUUGCUAAGAGAAGGAAUUUUUCUUCAACCACGGCCACAGGGAAUGAUUCUGAGGAUGAUGAUGGGGAGACAGAGUCUCAAGAUCAGCAGUUUUACCAGCAGUUGUCUCAAGAAUUGCCUCAGAUGUUGCAGCAGAUUCAAUCUAAUGAUUUUCAGGAGCAAUUGGCAGCUACUGUGAAGUUUAGGCAGAUUUUGUCGCGUGAGCAUAGGCCUCCGAUUAACCUGGUUAUUGAUUCUGGAGUUGUUCCGACGCUUGUUAGUUUCAUGCAUGAAAAUCAGCCAGAAAUGCUGCAGCUGGAGGCUGCAUGGGCAUUGACUAAUAUUGCUUCAGGGACUUCUGAACAGACACGGUUUGUUGUUGAUGCAGGAGCUGUUCCUCUGUUCAUUCAGUUAUUAUAUUCCAAUUCCGUGGAGGUUAAGGAGCAAGCCAUUUGGGCUUUGGGGAAUGUUGCGGGAGAUUCUACUUCCUAUAGAGAUUAUGUCUUGGACUGUGGAGCGAUGGAGCCAAUUUUAUCGCUUUUUGAGGUUUCUAAAACGUCGUUGAUUAGAACUGCAACCUGGACGCUAUCCAAUUUGUGUCGUGGUAAAAAACCUCAGCCUGACUGGAGUAAAGUUUCUCAGGCACUCCCAACUUUGUCCAAGUUAAUUUAUUCCAUUGACACUGAAACGCUAGUUGAUGCUUGUUGGGCUAUAUCUUAUUUAUCAGAUGGUCCUGUUAAUGCUAUCCAAUCUGUAGUGGAUGCCAGAAUCCCCAAGAGGUUGGUUGAGUUGUUGUCUCAUCAGUCUACUCUGGUUCAAACUCCUGCCUUGAGAGCUGUAGGUAAUAUUGUCACAGGUAAUGAUUUGCAAACCCAAAUUGUUAUAAAUUGUGGUGUAUUGCCUGCUCUUAGGAACCUUUUAACUUCUUCAAAAGAGUCUAUUAGAAAGGAGGCUUGUUGGACGAUUUCAAACAUUACUGCCGGUAACACAGAUCAGAUUCAAGCUGUUAUUGAUGCAAACCUCAUCCCACCAUUGAUCAAGUUGUUAGAAACUGCGGAAUAUAAGACGAAGAAGGAAGCAUGCUGGGCUAUUUCGAAUGCGUCCUCUGGUGGUUUGCAAAGACCUGACAUUAUUAGAUACUUAGUGUCUCAGGGCUGUAUAAAGCCAUUAUGUGAUUUGUUAGAGAUUGCUGAUAACAAGAUUAUUGAAGUCACUUUGGAUGCUUUAGAGAACAUCUUGAAAAUGGGCGAAGCUGAAAAGGAAGCACGGGGAUCUGCUAUUAACGAGAACGCUGAUUAUAUUGAGAAGGCUGGCGGCAUGGAAAAGAUCUUCAACUGUCAGUCAAAUGCUAACGAAAAAAUAUAUGAAAAGGCGUAUAAUAUUAUUGAAAAAUAUUUUGGUGCAGAAGAUGACAAUAUAGAUGAGUCCAUGGCCCCACAGACAGCAGGUAAUACGUUCGGGUUUGGUUCUAACAUGAACCAGCAGUUCAGCUUUAACUGA